AAUCCAGGCUAUAUCACAUCCUGCCGUGAUUGGGAGUCCCAUAGGGCGGUGCAUAAUUUGUCCAGCGUCGUCAGGGUUUGACCGGGGUAGGCCGUCAUUGUAAAUAAGAAUGUGCUCUUAACUGACUUGCACAGUAAAUAAAGGUUACAUUUAAAAAAAAUACAUUGUAUGAAUAGGCGGCGUUUAUGACUUUGUGUUUGUGCUAACUAGUGACGAUACCUGAGCGAAGUCCCCAUAUUAUUUUUUUCUGUAGCAACGGAAGUUCGGUUGAAAACCGGAAACACCCGCGUUGUCUCGACCCCGCGUAGAGUGCUCUUUGACAGACGGAUGACAGCUUCCUGAGCAAAACCUACUUUGUUUAUGUCACGUAGCUAGCUAGCUAACGGAUACAAAAGUGCUUUGUUUUCGUAUUAAGCGGAUUACUGCUCUGAUACAUACAUUUCUGGCUUAGAAGGUGAAUCUAGAUUUACAUGAUCCGGGGUUGUUUGGUACGAAAGCCUCUGGUGCCGUUAGGAGAAUGAACUCCAUCACCGGACGGGAUCACCCUGUACCCGCCUCCUCUGUCAACUCUGGAGCCUCAUCUUCUCGAGGCUUGCACGUAGAACUCACAUCUCAGCAAAGGCGGUUACGUCAUCUCAGAAGCAUCGCAGCCCGCAACAUCGUCAACAAGAAUGGCUCUCCACUGUUGGACACAUAUUUUACCCUUCAUCUCUGCUUAGAGGACUGGAUAUCCAGAGACUUUUACAAGAGUGAAGUCAUCCGAGGUUCAUUGAAUCCAACAUGGCGGAGCCUGGACUUUGGCAUGCUGCCGGACCUCCUUGACACUUCUGUGUCCUGCUUCGUGGUGAGGAUCUGGGGCGGUUGGGAGGAACAGUUCACACUCCUCAUAGAGUGGAAGGUCAACCUGGAUGGGCUCAGAUACACAGGGCAGCAGAUCCGCUCCAGGAAUCCAAAUGAAAUCAUAUUUGGAUUGAAUGAUGGCUACUAUGCAAGUGACUUUGAUCAUAAGGACCACUCUGAAAGGAAGAAGAACAGUUUACUCCUUGUGGACCAGAGUUCAGUGAGGAACUCCUACAGUGUCUUCUCUCUGCUGAGGCUCCACACAGCACAGAGAGCCAUCAAGCAGACCCAGAUGACGGUGCAGAAGAUCGGGAAGGAGAUUGAGGAGAAGCUGAGGACGACAGCGGCCUGCAACGAGUGGAAGAAGGAGCGGGAGUGUAUGCAGAUGCGUCUCGGGAUGCUACGAGGUGAGCUGGCGAGACAGAGGAAGGUUCUGGGCCGGGAGACAGACCUGCGGCAGAAGGAGAGAGCACAGCUUCAGAAGAAAGAGGAAGCGUUCUCCACCAAACACCACAGUCUGGGGAUGGAGAGGGAGUCGUUAACAGAGCAACAUAAAGAAUGCACUGCCAAAAGAGAGAUGUUCCUCAAGUCCAACGCUCAGCUCACCUUCCGCUGUCGUCAGCUCCUCUCUGAGCUGUCCUACAUCUACCCCAUCGACGUGGUCACCACGGCCGCUAAUCAAUCCGAUUAUGUCAUCUGUGGAGUGAAGCUGCCCAACUCGGAGGAUUUCCAAGCGAAGGAUGAUGGGAGCGUUGCGGUUGCCCUGGGUUACACGGCCCACUUGGUACUGAUGAUCAGUUGCUUCCUGCAGAUCCCUCUCAGGUAUCCUGUCAUCCACAAAGGCUCCCGCUCCUCCAUCAAGGACACCAUCACAGACAAGCUCAGUGAGAAGGAGCGAGAAUUCCCACUUUACCCUCGAGGAGAGCGUUUUCAGUUUGAGUACGGAGUCUACCUGAUCAACAAGAACAUCGCCCAGUUGAGAUACCAGCAUGGCCUGUCCACUCCAGACCUGCGCCAGACCCUGCCCAACCUCAAGAACUUCUUGGAGCACGGCCUUCUGGUCCGAUGUGACCGGCAUCAUGUCUCCAGCUCUAUCCCGGUCCCGACAGGAGCCAAGUCUCAGAUCAGUGUCUCGGCUGCGUCAGAGGUGGGUUUCCCCACCGACACCAGCUCUCCAGACCGGGGCUCACUGAGGAAGAGGGCCAGCUCUGAGGCCGACAAGCAGAAGUACAAAGCCUCUCUUCCUCCCAGCUACAACACGGCCAUGGCCAUAGACCAACCCCAGGGGGGCCUGCCGCCGCCCUCCCCCUCCCUCAAACACAUGUCCUCCUCCCUGGACGCUAGCAUUGACCUGGCCAAGACUCUGGAGGUCCAGGCACAGCAGACACCAGCCCCAGGAGAGGAGGAUGGAGACAGAGAAAUAGAGGUGGUGGUUGUGGAGCAAUUGCCUUCCACCACCACAGGAGGCUCAGAUUGCCCCACUCCGGCUCGGGACAGCACCAUUGAGGAACUGGAGGAGGUGGCACUCACCAGCCAGCAGAAUACCAUGAAUGGCUUAGUGAUGCCAGGCUACGGGCUGGCGGGGCCCACAACUGGGCUAACAGUGACCAUGGCAUUGAACCCAGAGUUGUGCUGCUCGGUGGAGCAGGCAGAGGAGAUCAUGGGGACUGAGGCCACAGGACUGGGGGACGGGGCCAGGCUGGAGGACUACCCCUGCAUCCCCGUGGAGCACGCGGUGGCCGUGGAGUGUGAUGAGCAGGUGCUGGGCGAGCUGGAUGCCGCCUGCUUCGAGGAGUUCUCCCGCCGCAUCUAUGCACUAAAUGAGAACAUGUCCAGCUUCCGCAGGCCACGCAAGAACUCCUCUGAGAAGUGACAACAGGAGAGCAGGACCUGAGGGGAGGGCUGGGCUGGGGGGUGAGGGCAGGACUGCAGUCACAGGACACAUGAGACAGGGACAUGAACUUAGUGGAGAGGGGGGUCCUGUGUGUUUUGGUGUGUGUGUCACUCUCCCUCUCUCCAUGCAUCAAUUGAAAUCAAACAUAGGAACUACGGUAUUUGGAAUGUGACAAAUUUGCACUUCUCGAAAAACAUGUAUAUCAGAGAAGGCUGGUGAGAGGAGCUAUAGGAGGACAGGCUCAUUGUAAUGACUGGAAUGGAAUUCAUGGUACGGAGUCAAACACAUCCAACAUAUGGAAACCACCUUUCACUCCGUUCCAUUUUUUUCUAUUGCAGCCAUUACAAUGAGCCUGUCCUCCUGUAGCUGUUCUUACCAGCCUCCUCUGAUUUCUAUAAUGCUUUGAAAUUAAAUAAAGCAAAUGUUUGUGGUUGAAACACUUCCGCAGCUUUCUUUUUUCAGGAUGCAUGGCAAUGCUGUGGAAGGGGGAGGGGUUUUUUUGUGUUGUGACCACCUUUAAACACACAAAAUGUAUCCUUCCUCCCUUCCUUGAAGUAACCAGUAAUCUAACAUGAGCAGCUUGAUGAAAGCUAUAGAGUCUUCACUUGUACCUGUCCAGUCCUUGUACCUGUCAGUAAUAACAGUAAUAAGGGAAGGAGAGAUGAAUUUGAACAAAGCCAGGGUCUUCAGCAUGGCUGACAGAGGAAAGGAGGUACAGCAAAUUGACCGGUCACUAGGCCAGGGCAGCUUAGACUGUUGGCCCAAUCAGAUACUCCGUAACUGUUACGCCCUGCACCUCCAGGUCCAACAGCCAUUGGAUAGGGCUGCCCUGUCUUUAUCCCAAGGGACCAUGACAUGUGGGAGGGAGGCUUGAGCUCAUGGCACAUGGCAGGGAUACAGUGCAAUUUCUCUGACUUCUCCAUACCCGGUUUUUAUUUUUUUACUAUUUUAAUAAGCCCCAUUAAUAUAAGUAUUAAUAUAAAGUCUAAUAAUUCACAUAUUAUUCAAUAGACCAAAAACAUUUCUGGUGUGUACUUAGGGUCGGAAACGUUCCUUUAAUUUUCUGGAAUUUUUCCAGAAAUUUUCCAUGGGAAUUUAAGCCCUGGAAUUUGGGGAAUUUCGUCUAAUUGUAUCAAAAAAUGUAGCUUAAAAUAGUGAACCUUUUUUGUGGGAUACACAAUUCUAGGUCUAGGCAAUUCUAGGUCUUGGGGCAUAUUUUGGUUAAGAUAUCCCCAAUUAAAUGGAAUCGCAACCCUCUGCAUGCACAGUGCAUUCUUCCCUCACAUGUACAACUGAUUCUCAAGAUCUUGCACACUAAUGAGAGCCCUCACUACUACACUGUCUGAGCCAAGGACUACAUGCUUUCUGGUAAGUUUUGAUUACAAUACUGGGUGGGGUGAAUAUAUUGCAUAUGACAUACAUGAUUCUUUGUUAACUAGAAAAUAUUAGCCUACAGCAAAGUUUGUUUUAAAUCAUUUCUAACUUGUUAACAAUUCUGCUAGUUAGUUUUUGCUACCAUGUGGGUUUUAGCUUGCUUGAGCCUGCUGAGGCGUGUUCAUUCACCUGUUUCCAUAUGUUUCAUUUUAAAACAUUUAUCUUGCAAAGAAGUUGUUUAAUCUAACUGCUUAACUAUUUAUCUGUACAUGGAAUAGUAUUUGGUUUUUGUUCUAUACAUUUUUUUCUAAUCAUUACAGGAAAAUGCCACAGGCACUAUCUGAUGUGUGGAGACAUUUCACUGUAGCUAAUGUAGGAAAAAGAGCUGUGUACAUUUGCAAAUACUUUGCCAAAUCAUAUAUGAAGAAUGCAACAAAGUUGCAGAAUCAUCUGGCCAAGUGCAUGAAGUUCCUGAGCGCUCACAACAAGUAACCUCUGACAAAAGUCCCUCUACUUCUAUUCGAGGUGAAAAUGAUGAUUGAUAUUGAUAGCAACAGCUCAUGGUCCUCCUGGAAUCAGACGUUUUUUUGACACUGUGGAGGAACGAAGUCAGAGAAAUUAUGAUGAAUGUCUUGCUCGAGUUGUGUAUGCAACUGGUUUACCUCUGAUGCUCACAGGCAAUGUGUAUCAGAAGAUAUUUCUGAAUGUUCUUCGCCCAGCAUACACCCCUCCAACCAGACAUGCUUUAUCUACUCAUUUGUUGGAUGCAGAGUUCAAGUGAAGGUCAAGCGAACCAUGGAGAAAGCAGACUGUAUUGCAAUCAUCUCUGAUGGGUGGUUGAAUGUUCGUGGGCAAGGAAUAAUUAACUAUAUCAUCUCCACCCCUCAACCAGUAUUCUACAAGAGCACAGACACAAGGGACAAAAGACACACUGAAGGCAGUCAUCAAUAACCUUAGACCACAGAAGGUAUUUGCACUGGUGACAGACAAUGCUGCGAACAUGAAGGCUGCUUGGUCUAAAGUGGAGGAGUCCUACCCUCACAUCACAUCCAUUGGCUGUGCUGCUCAUGCAUUGAAUAUGCUCCUCAAGGACAUCAUGGCACUGAAAACAAUGGAUACACUCUACAAGAGAUCCAAGGAAAUGGUUAGGUAUGUGAAGGGUCAUCAAGUUAUAGCAGCAAUCUACCUCACCAAGCAAAGUGAGAAGAACAAGAGCACCAGAUUUAAGCUGCCCAGCAACACCCAUUUGGGUGAUGUUGUCAUGUUUGACAGUCUCCUGGAGGGGAAGGAGUCUCUCCAAGAAAAGGCCAUAUCACAGUCUGCCGAUAUGGACAGCCCCAUCAAGAGGAUUCUCCUGGAUGAUGUAUUUUGGGAGAUAGUGUUAAGCAGCCUGAAACUACUGAAACCUAUAGCAGUAGCCAUUGCACAGAUUAAGGGAGACAAUGCCAUCCUGUCUGAUGUUCAGACUCUGCUUGCAGAUGUAAGAGAAGAAAUCCAUACUGCCCUGCCCACUUCACUGUUGCUCCAAGCAGAGGAAACUGCAGUUCUGAAAUACAUCAAAAAGUGUGAAGACUUCUGCCUGCAUCGUAUAUGUUGGACCCAAGUAUGCUGGCAAGAGCAUCCUGUCUGGCGCAGAGAUGAACAAGGUCUAUAGUGUCAUCACUACCAUGUCUCACCACCUUGGCCUUUAAUGAGGGCAAGGUUCUUGGCAGUCUGGUGAAGUACAUUUCCAAGCAAGGGCUUUUGGAUGUGGAUGCGAUAUGGCAGUUGUGCCAACAUGUCUCAUCAGCCACCUGGUGGAAGGAACUUUGUGGAUCUGAGGCUCUUUCCUCUGUUGACUCCAUCAUUUAGGCCAAGUGGUUAGAGCAUUGGAUUAGUAACCGAAAGGUUGCAAGUUCGAAUCCCCAAGCUGACAAGGUACAAAUCUGUCGUUCUGCCUCUGAACAAGGCAGUUAACCCACUGUUCCUAGGCCGUCAUUGAAAAUAAGAAUUUGUUCUUAACUGACUUGCCUCGUUAAAUAAAAAAAUGUUUAAUUGUUUUUUUAACAAACAAAAAAACAUUCCAAAUCCCACCAACAUCAGCCGCCUCAGAGCACAACUGAUCCUUGUUUGGGAACACACCUACCAAAGCACACAACAGGCUGACCAAUUGGUUGAAAAAUAUGUGGCCGUCCGGGAGAAUUUGAGGCUUUUUGUGCCAACAAGGUUGCUCAACAAGGUUGGAAAGUGACACUGAAGAUGAGGCCUCGGAGUCUGAUGUUCAAGAGGUGGACAUUGAGGAGAUCCAGGGAGAAGACAUGGAAGCCUGAGAGGAAGACAACCAAAGCUUUAGUUUCUAGGCUAUCAUUUAACAGAUGUAUGUUGAAAACGUUUUUGGGAGAUGCGAUGGAUCAUUGGGGAUAAUUCAAUAUUCUUUUUCUUUUGUUGUUCAGUGAAAUCAUCCCCUGUGAAGAGUCAACUCAUUUAAUUAAAGUUCAAUUCGUAACUAAAUUGUUAUUUUUAUUUCUAUUGGAAGGAUUUAAUCAUUUGCAAUUAUGUCUACUUAUGAUAAGGUAAAUAUAUCCAAUGCAAGAAAACAUCUUCAUUUAAAUGGUAUUAAUAUUAUUUUGCAUAUAUUUCCGUUAAUUCCCAUAUAUUCCCGUUAAUUCCCACAGAAGGUUUUCACCUCUGAAUAUUCCCCAAAAUGUGCAAACCUAUGUGUACUCUAUGCUGUUGGAAUGUCUCAUUCAGGCCUUACAUGUUAGUCUUCUUGUUUUGUUUUUUUGUCAUUUUUCUUACAUUUCCCUGUUGAACUCCUUUUUUUCUUGCACUGGCGGCAAUGUGCGUUAUUUAUAAUGUCUCACUGAGUUUGUGUUUUUGUUUUAAAGGAAUUCAUGCUUUAUUAUUUUCCCUCAUAGGCAAUCAGUCAGUCAAUGAUAACAUUGUAAAGUAUUAGAACAGUCAUCAGACCUGGGUUCAAGUCUUUAAAAUACUUACAUACAAUUUGGGUCUAACUGUGUCCCCUGUGUAUUGCUCUGGGAAAGGACCACAGAGAUUUCUGUAGACAAGCUGAUAUGGUCAACUGAUUUUUUUUAUUUUGAUCAAGUACUGUAUUGGAUGACUGUUGAAAUACGUAGAAUGUAUGCACACAUGACUGUAAGUCGCUUUGGAUAAAAGCGUCUGCUAAAUGGCAUAUAUUUUAUUAUUAUUAUUAUUAUUAUUGAAAUGUAUUGUAUUUAUGAUGAGAGAUUGAUAGUAGAGACGGAUAGUAGAUCAUUUCCAUAAAAUGCUAUACAGUAUGUGACCUUGUACAUACAGUUGAAGUUGGAAGUUAGAUUACAUUUAAUCCUCGUAAAAAUUCCCUGUGUUAGGUCAGUUAGGAUCACCACUUUAUUUUAAGAAUGUGAAAUGUCAGAAUAAUAGUAGAGAGAAUGAUUUAUUUCAGCGUUUAUUUCUUUCACCACAUUCCCUGUGAUUCAGAAGUUUACAUACACUCAAUUAGUAUUUGGUAGCAUUGCCUUUAAAUUGUUUAACUUGGGUCAAACAUUUUGGGUAGCCUUCCAUAAGCUCCCCACAAUAAGUUGGGUGAAUUUUGGCCCAUUCCUCCUGACAGAGCUGGUGUAGUCAGAUUUGUAGACCUCUUUGAUCACAUACGCUUUUUCAGUUCUGCCCACAAAUGUUCUAUAGGAUUGAGGUCAGGGCUUUGUGAUGGCCACUCCAAUACCUUGACUUUGUUGUCCUUAAGCCAUUUUGUCACAACUUUGGACGUAUGCUUGGGGUCAUUGUCCAUUUGGAAGACCCAUUUGCGCCCAAGCUUUAACUUCCUGACUGAUGUCUUGAGAUGUUGCUUCAAUAUAUCCACAUAAUUUCCACCCUCAUGAUGCCAUCUAUUUUAUGAAGCGCACCAGUUCCUCCUGCAGCAAUGCACCCCCACAACAUAAUGCUGCCACCCCUGCUUCAUGGUUGGGAUGGUGUUCUACGGCUUGCAAGCCUCCAAACAUAACGAUGGUCAUUAUGGCCAAACAGUUCUAUUUUUGUUUCAUCAGACCAGAGGACAUUUCUCCAAAAAGUACAAUCUUUUUUAUGGCGGUUUUGGAGCACUGACUUCUUCCUUGCUGAUGUUUAUACUUGCGUACUAUUGUUUGUGCAGAUGAACGUGGUACCUUCAGGCGUUUGGAAAUUGCUUCCAAGGAUGACCCAGACUUGUGGAGAUCUACAAUUUAUUUUCUGAUGUCUUGGCUGAUUUCUUUAGAUUAUCCUAUGAUGUCAAGCAAAGAGGCACUGAGUUUGAAGGUAGGCCUUGAAAUACAUCCUCCAAUUGACUGAAAGGAUGUAAAUUAGCCUAUCAGAAGCUUCUAAGCCAUGACGUAAUUUUCUGGAAUUUUCCAAGCUGUAUAAAGGCACAGUCAACUUAGUGUAUGUAAAUGUAUGACCCACUGGAAUUGUGAUACAGUUAAUUAUAAGUGAAAUAAUAUGUCUGUAAGCAAUUGUUGGAAAAAUGACUUGUGUCUUGCACAAAGUAGAUGUCCUAUCCGACUGGCCAAAACAACAUUUGUGGAGUGGUUGAAAAAGCGAGUUUUAAUGACUCCAACCUAAGUGUAUGUAAACUUCUGACUUCAACUGUUUACUUUUGUAUGGAGAGUGUUUAUUAUUAAAGACUUUCAGUCCAAUAGCAUGGAUGUAUUUAGCCCCCUGUA